AUGCCACCAAUUAAGCCUUUGAUAUAUGCAGAACUCCUGUCGAAUAUUCGUCAGAUAUCUAUCCUCGCAUUUUUAGAUACACCAUCUGAUCCUGCCACAAAAGCUGAAUUAUCGGCCGAUGGGACUCGAUUGACAUUGCAUCAUGCCGAACAAAAUAUUAAACUUGAGCUUCCAGGCCAAGUUGUAGCAAACUCACAGCUACGGGGAUUCCCUGUCGGUAGUCUUGAGUUAUCAUGGCGUCUUCCUUUGGCAGGAGACUUUCAACGAGCUGAUGUAGAUAUCGCCCAAACUAUUGAAGCACCAUGGUCAGCAAAAGAUAUGGUUAUUGGUGAACAAGUUCUUGAGUGCCGUAGGUGCUCUGCGACUAUUGUGGAAGCAGAUCAGAUCAAAGAAUGGAAAGAUCUUCCAAGUGAGGGUUGGGCAGAAAUGAUGGAUUUCUGGCAUUGCCACAAGCCAUCUGACCAUGAAAACCUUAGUCACGGAGAGGAGAAACAGACCGAUCUGGCUUCUUCCAAAGGUUAUGGAGCGAAUACAAAAUUCACUGCACAGGCUGGAAUUGGAUUCGUGGAUCAUUCAAGCUUUCUUCUGGCAGAAGACGAUUGUAAUCUUCCUGCCGGAGGUAACGAGGAUCUUCUCUAUAGGCUGGUCGCCGAUACAAAUACCCAAAAUCAACCACUUGUUGCUGCUCUGCUCCGGCAGCAAUCGAUUUCAUUUACCCUCUUCUUCGGAUUAUGGGUUUCUAUCUCGAUUGGAGGAUUUCAAACCUUGGCAUAUCAGUUCGCCGUAUCUUCUUCAAGAUCUUGGAAGUCACGGGAUUACAACAAGAGACAUUUAUCAGUGAAAAGGACUAUUCAUUGUGAAAAUGGCUGGUGUCUCACUACGAUAGGUUUCAGUGAUCCUCAUAACGAAGGCAUCAGACUAUUCAAGUGGUGUUUACGCAUGAGAACUUUCGAGAACCCUGCACCAACCAACCUUUCAGGUGCGGUUCUUGAGCCAUCGAUGGCAUCGAUUAUUUCGGCGCAAUUCUUGGCAAUCAUGAACGCAUCUUGUGUCUCCCGUUUAGUUUUACUACCCACACCCGUGACUGGAAAAUUCGAUCCGAUAUACCCAGGCCUCAGCAUAUGGAUAUUCAACCCAUCAAUACGAUAUACCUCAGCAUAUUUCUACCGAUGCAGAAAAACGCACGUCUCUACAUCCGGCAAACCCGGAAUCCUAGCUAUGAAAAUCCUCUGGAAACCAUGUGCUCAUAUCAGGGAUCCAUCAGCGGACAAUGACAAUGAGUCCGUGGAGGAGCUAGAGUUUCCAGGAGCCGUGUUGCAUGAAUUUCAGCAUUAUUUAGAGGAAGUUGCCAAAAGAUUUUUACCGCCAAGUGCGAGAAAGUUGCAGGAUUGGAAUGUGGCGCUUUUGGAAAGAUAUGAACAACGGCAAAAGUGA